AUGAGGAGGUUUUUGGUUCCUAGAACAAGUAUUGAGAAAGUGAAUGUUAAGCAACCGGAAGACGAAGUAGAAGAAACACCCCUUAAUGUGGUCAAUGAGUUUAAUCCAAAUGAGAUUGUGCGUGAUCCAGGAUGUAAGAAACAAAUUCAUGAGUAUGCUCUGAAUAUUCAAGACCAAGUGAGGAGGGCAUAUAUAUUGAAGGGUCCAACGCAACCAGAUUUAGCAAGAUUUCCUCGUACUCAAUUUGGGAAGUCUUCAAGAGCAUUUUGUAAAUCAUGGUUUAAGAAUUAUACAUGGAUUGAAUACAGUGAGUCGAAGGAUGCAAAUUAUUGUUUCUAUUGCUUUCUCUUUAAGCCGCCCGGGAGGGCCGAACACUUUGGUUAUGAAGUCUUCAACAAAGACAGAUUUAAAGAUUGGAAGCAUGCAUCUAAAGGCUUUAAAGAUCACAUUGGAAGUCAUAAUUGUAAGCACAACUCAUGUAUGAAGCACUAUGACGAUUAUAUUAAUCAAAGACAAAGUGUGACAAGUAUCUUUGCUAGAGCAAUUAGGGAAUCAAAAGAAUUGUAUAAGAUUCGUUUGACUUGUUCUUUAGAUUGUACUAGAUAUCUCAUAGCACAAGGCAUUGCUUUCUGUGGCCAUGAUGAAAGCUCCACUUCUCUAAACAAGGGAAAUUUUAGAGAGAUGGUGGAUUGGGUAAAAUCUAAUGAUGAAAAAGUGAGAGAUGCUUUUGAUCGUGGUCCAAAACAUUGCACAAUGACUUCCGUUGACAUUCAAAAGGAGCUUGCAACGUGUUGUGCACAUGAAGUUACCAAAGUGAUUAUGGAAGAUCUUGGUGAUAGACAAUUCUCUGUGCUUAUUGAUGAGUCACGUGAUAUAUCUGUCAAAGAACAAAUGGCGGUGAUGUUGAGGUUAGUACAAUGA